GGAGAUGUGGACUGCAUCGCAUUUCAUCCCAACUGCAAUUACAUUGCAACAGGAGGUACCGAUCGCACGGUGAGGGUAUGGGACACUGUAUCAGGGAAUCAGAUUCGCAUCUAUCGCGGUCACUCGACCGGGGUCUCAGCAGUUCGAUUUUCCCACGACGGUCUCAGCUUGGCUUCAGGAGGAGACAACGGGGAGGUCUUGCUCUGGAAUUUGUCUUCGGACCGGCUCCUCUCCUCCUACCAGGGUCAUGCCCAGAUGGUGACGGCGCUGGACUUCAGCUACGGCGGGGAGGAGGACAGACCGGUCCUCGCGUCGGGUUCCAUGGACGGGACGGUGAAGCUGUGGGAUGGGAGCGGGAGGAAGGAGGAGGAAGAAGCCAUCAAGCGCUCUAGAGACGGGGGGAAGGGAGGGAGGAGCGACGGGGAGCGCCUUGGCCCCAUCAAGAGCUUCUGGACCCGUCGGACGCCGAUCGCAACGCUGAGGUUUGGAGCCAGCAACGUCCUCUUCGUCGCCGGUACAGCUGAGGUGUGA